GUCUGCGUUCCGCUGAGGUAAGCAACACAAAGGGCAGGUACCCGUGGCCUUUUCUCUGCACUCCAGCGAGCAUGGCUCUCCUGUCCGUGUUCACGCCUGUUCUGGCGGUGGUUUUAUGCCUGGUGAUAGGCUUCGUGCUGGUGAAAUCAUGGGACACAGAGACCACUUCCACAUCUCCAGGCAAAAGUAAAGGGGCGACAAAAGGGGAGAAAAGACCAUGGGUCGACCAGGACUUACAGGACGAUACAGAAAUCACAGCAAAAGAAGACGAUGAUGAUGCUGAUGAAGGUUGGGGGGACAGCACUGAAGAGGAGAACCUCACACAACUGCCUUAUUCACCGCAGCGAUACCCUGAGGAGACAAUGCUGCAAAGGUCCAAGGAGUUUUACACUUUGAUGAACCAACGGAGGUCUGUCCGAUUCAUCAGCCCGGAGCCUGUCCCACGGGAAGUCAUCGAUAAUGUCAUCCACACUGCAGGUACAGCACCUAGUGGAGCACACACAGAACCCUGGACGUUCAUUGUAGUGUCAGAUCCAGAUAUAAAGCAUCAAAUUAGACUGAUAGUUGAAGAGGAGGAGGAGAUGAACUACCGCCAGAGGAUGGGGGAAAAAUGGGUUCAGGAUUUGGCCAAAUUGAGGACAAAUUGGAUUAAGGAGUACUUGGAUGUUGCUCCAUAUCUGAUCCUCAUCUUUAAACAGACCUACGGGAUUCUCCCAAAUGGCAAGAAGAAAACGCACUACUACAACGAAAUCAGCGUGUCCAUAUCCUGUGGGAUCCUCCUGGCUGCAUUACAGAAUGCGGGUCUUGUUACCGUCACAUCUACGCCCCUCAACUGCGGCCCCAAACUCAGACUACUACUUAAACGCCCGGCGAACGAGAAGCUGCUGAUGCUACUUCCUGUUGGUUAUCCUGCCUCUGAUGCUACUGUGCCUGACUUGAAACGCAAGCAUCUGGAUGAUAUUUUGGUGCACGUGUGAGAAAAUGAGAUGCAAAAAGCAGACUGUUUUAUUUUUCUUCAUCAAACUCUUUGCCUGUAGCUGAGAAAUCAACCAGGCAGAUGCCUGAUGAGACUUAGAAGUGCUUUCACAGUAGAGAGAAGCAGAGAGUGAGGCUUCUUUAGAUCAGUCUUUAAGUGUUUAAGAUAGACAACCAAGAGAGGAUGGCAUGAAUCUUUCAUAGCUUACUAAUUGCUAACCUAGCUUUUGAAGGCAAAGUGUUGAACAUUUGGUUGGCUUAUUUGGGUUUAGCAUAUUUCUAUCAUGCAAAUUUCAAAUAAAUAACCAGCAAAAAUUCUUUGAUUCCG